GAAGCCUGCUUGAGAAAGCCUUGAAUGAAGGCGGUCUCAUAUUAAAACUUGCUAAUGAGUGCAUUCACACCCUAGCCUGCACCUCCAUGUGAUUCACACACAUCCAAAAUGACACCUACGUGUACCCACACACACAAACACACACAGUGCUGAGCUCAUUUGUGUUUGACUCGUCCCAAAUUCACGCUGUCUCUCCCCACAUCUCCAUGAUGCUGCCUCUUUUCCUUCUCUUCCUCUCUCUCUCGCUCGCUCGCUCAUCUCACACUGUCUGAUGCUCUAACAGAACAGCAUGUAACUCUUUCAAUCUCACGACUCCAGAAGUGUCUCUCUCUUCUCCGUCGUGUGGCGUGAUCGCUUCGGCGGCGUGUCUUCUCCUUCUCUUGUAAACCGUGGAUCAUGUUCUAUUUUCAGCUGGUGAUAAUGGCAGGCACCGUUCUCCUGGCGUACUACUUCGAGUACACCGACACGUUCCCCGUUCACGUCCAGGGAUUCUUCUGCUUUGACAAAGCGUUCUCCAAACCCUACCCCGGACCGGAUGAGACCAGUAACGUCCCACCGGUGCUGGUGUACUCUCUGGUCACCGCUGUACCUACAGUAACGAUUCUGGCUGGAGAACUGAUGGUGUUUUUCAUGAGGUCAGAGGUCACACAGGAGAAGACCAUAGUCACUGCAGACUGCUGUUACUUCAGUCCACUUCUCAGACGUAUUAUACGCUUCUUAGGUGUCUAUACCUUUGGCCUGUUCACCACCACCAUCUUUGCCAAUGCCGGUCAGGUGGUGACAGGAAAUCAGACGCCUCACUUCCUGUCAGCAUGCAGGCCAAAUUACACAGCGCUGGGCUGCCAUACAAAUUUACACUACAUCACAGAGCGUAAAGCAUGCACGGGAAAUCCUCUGCUCGUGACGUCGGCACGCAAGUCUUUCCCAUCUAAAGACGCAGCCAUCAGUGUUUAUUCUGCAGUCUAUACAGUGAUGUAUGUAACAUUGGUGUUCAAAACUAAAGGGACGCGUUUGACCAAACCCACAAUCAGUUUGACCCUGCUGUGUCUGGCCAUGUUAGUGGGUGUGGUCAGAGUGGCCGAAUAUCGCAACCACUGGGCCGAUGUCCUGGCUGGAUAUUUCACCGGUGGAGCCAUCGCUGUCUUCCUGGUGACGUGCGUGAUCAACAACUUUCAGCAGAUAAAACCUCCAGCCCCGCCGGCUCGACCCCAGCGUCCCGAGUCUGUGCUGGGCAUGCCCAUGGUGGCGCUGCCCUGCGUUGAGAGUCCACUAGAAAAACUCCAAGGGGAUCUUCAUUCACUGAGAUCACAUGACCAUCAGCCUUAUCGGUUCCCCGUACCCCCCGAUGUCCUCAUACCGUCUCGCUCCAUGUCCAGCGAAGUCUAGACCGGCCGUCUCAGCACGCGCGCCACUGCGCCGCUCACUCCGCCGGACGCACCGCCGCUCUGCACCGAUCCUACUCGACGCAGGUCUAGAUUUCCACCCUUUCCAACCUUCAUUCCAACCUUUCCAACCAUAAUCCUCCAUGAUGCAGAUAGGGCCUCCUCAAACAAACCAUUCAGUUUUAGAAAGCCUGCUCAAGGAUCUCAAAUCGCGCCUUUCAGACGAGGUGUGCAUUUGUUUGGACCGUGAGUGGAGGAUGUGCACCUUUAAAUGCCUCUGGACCUUUCAAAACCAACCCGUCCUAUUCCCCGGGGAACCGAAUGACGUCUUGCACAGCUUGGCGCUGAAACGCAGAACUCUCAAGAGACUGCAGUUUUCAGUUAAGUGUCAGGUAUCUCAGUUCAUAUGUAGAUAGAUGAACUUUCCUUUUUUUAUUGCAUUGGAAUUUUUAAUGGCUUUUCAAAGUAUUUGUGUUUUGGGUUGUCUCGCUUUCCCUGCACCGAAGAAGACAAUCUCACGUGGUCCAACGCACUGACGUCAAGAUGUUCCUUCUGUGGACAUCAAAAACUUUUUAUGUAAAGACCUCUGAAGUGACAGCCGUUCUUGAAUCCAACUUGCUUCGAAAAGAAACUGUUGCUUGAGAAAUGCUUUGAGACAAACGGACACCGACAGACUUGUGAAAACAAUCACAGCAUCUUUUCUAAUAUUUCAUGUGCGCUUUGUGCCGACUUGUGAUUUUCCAGCGGUCAAAUGUGAUGCACGGUGAUAAGAUUGUGAUGUUGUGGCUUUUUCCUGAAUGUUUAAUCCCUCACACAACAGACAUUCCCAAGCCUCAUUUAAAUAUACCAGAUGUGCACAGGAUCCUGGGAUGUGCACGAACAGAUAAAGUUUCACCAAGGAACACCUUAGCAUAAUACAAACGGUAUCACUGCCUUUUCUUAUCAUUUUAGGCAAACAAAAAGAACCAAUCGAAAUUAGCAUUUAAAGUCUAGAAUUAAUUAAUGUUUUUUUUUAUUAAUUUAAAAGAAAGGUCAAAAUAUGUACUCCAGCUGUCACUGAGACAGUAAACUUUCAAACAAGUACAGAUAUUAGUACCUCAGAGGUGCAUAUAUUGGUACCAAAUGUAUACAUAUCUGUACCUAAUGGAUACAUUUAAUCUUUUUAUAAUGGGUACCACCCCAGUGACAGUGUGGAGAGCAAAAUGAGACUGCCACCAUGUGUAACAUCUGUAUUGGUGUCUAUUUGCACUGCUAAGCUUCUAAGUACAUUGAAUUCCAUUGAAUUGAGCUUUUUCACAUUUGUAUCACCAUGCUUUAUGAAUUAAGUGUCGUUUUAUAUUUAUGAUGUUAUGACAGGACCUUGUUCCAAAUAGUGCAGGAUACCUUGCAAUACAACAAAAACGAAUUUGAGUUAACAAAAUCAUGUAUUUAUUUUGUUAAUAUAUGUGUCUGUCCUUAUUGUGAAAACACCACCGUUUUUCAAUAUUUUACUAUGUUCUUACCCCAACUUAGAUGAAUUUAUUCAUACCUAUCUUUUUUCAAUGCGUGCACUUUUAAUCUUUGUACAGCGCUUCUCGAAUGUGUUAGCAUUUAGCCUAGCCCCAUUCAUUCCUAUGGCUCAAAACAAAAGUUUUAUUUUGUGCCGUGUAACUACUCAAGUAACAUUCUUUAAAUAGGAUAAACAUGGAAGUGUUUGGUGGCUUCUAAAUUUAUCCCUGUUUGGAUCCUAAGGAAAGAAUGGGGCUAGGCUAGAUGCUAACAUAUUUACAACGCGCUGUACAAAGAUUAAGUGCACGCAUUGAAAAAAGAUAGGUAUGUAUUAAUUUGUCUAAGUUGAGAUAAGAACAUAAUAAAAUAUUGAUAAACUGUGGUGUUUUCCUUUUAAAAAAAAUGUGUCUAUAGGCGGAGUUUGGGGAGGCAGGGGGGGCACUGCCCCCCCAAACCAGAGCCAUUUGUGAUUUUGUCCAAGCUAUUCAUUAAGGUUAUAUAAAUAUAAGAAUUCAUUUUCAUUAGUCUAAUCUUGAUAUUUUAAUAGGAAGUAGUAACAUAAGGCUAAAAUAGUUUGCAUUUAUUUAAACCAUAUUUAAAAAAGCACAAACUCCACCUAUGAAUGUGUCUGUGUGGUGGAUCAGAUUUAAAUCAAAAAACAUCCUGUGCUUGCAACUGAUCUAAUGUAAUGUUUGAUUUUUUUUAUUGUUAGUUUCUCUACAGUUCUCUAAACACUCACAGAGGACAUCUGCAUUCAUGCAAUAUAUGUGCAAUAUUCUUUUAAGCACUGUUAAAUUGUUUAUGUCUCUCUGUUUGUCUUAGCUACAGUGUGAUUUUUUGUUCUUUAAAUGCUUGCUUUGAAUUAGCCUCUAACCACAACAUCAUAAGGGGCAAAAGCAAACUGUACAAAAAUGUACAAAUGUGGUCGUACGAAUUAAUCACCUUGUAAAAUAUGUACGAAAUGCCAUGAGAUAGUGUUUAAGUGACUUAUUGUGCAUUGCAAUGUCUGUUUUUUUACAUUAUGUGUGUGUUCCCUUUUUUCACUGCUCUACCAUAGGAGCAACAAUGAACCGUGGGCUGUGUUUAAACACUGUAUUGUCCUUGUUAGUUUACUUUAAUUAUUAAUUAAGUUAUUUAUACGUUUUUUUUUUGUAAGACAUCUGUGUUAACUAACUGUAAUGUAUGUACUGUGAACAGAUGAGUGUGAUCUUUCUAUUGCACUCCAAGCUAUUGCAACUCAUCACCAGCUCGGUCCUCCGCCAAAUUUUGUACCAUGUGCGGUCACAUUCUCUGUUAUAAGACCACCAUCUCUACAAGCGUAUAGAAAUACCUUUUCUUAAAUCCCUUGCCUUGAAUAUGAAGUUUGUCAUUUCUGCAUUACUGGUGUCACCAAACAGAAUGCACCAGUGUCCCGUCUGUCUGCACACUAAACCUAGGCCAGGAGGAUUUUAACAGAAACACAUUAUAUUUAAAUCUUUAACUUGUAGCUUUCUAGUUCCUGCCAAAAAAAAGAUAUUUGUACAGUUUUGCAGAUUAGUCUUUUUGUAAAAAAAAACACAAAGAUUCGAGUUUACACAUUUUACCACACCUGUGCACCUGAUUCAUCAUGUGUUACAAUGUUACUUUAGGUGACCUUACAUUUAAAUACACCCAAUGAGUCAUUGACUAAAUCUGUGUUUUUGGUAAGUGAAUAAAGUGACUGUAAAAA